AUGACGGUUACUUAUACAGCAGAAGUUGCUACUUGUAAAAAAUUUGGUUGUUUUAUAAAACUGCUGGGCAGAUGGAGAGGCAGCAUUUACAAACUAAUUUGGAUGGAUUUAAUACUUUUUCUAACACUAUAUUAUUGCAUUAAUUUGAUUUAUAUUCAUCUUUUAGAAGAUGAUUCUAAAAGAACCUUUGAAAGUAUUGUCUACUAUUGUGCCAGUUACACAAGCCUUAUUCCAUUGUCUUUUGUGUUGGGUUUUUAUGUCAAUUUGGUGAUGACACGCUGGUGGGAACAGUACAUCACAAUACCUUGGCCGGACUCCAUAGCGGUAUUUGUAAGCGCUCAUGUGCACGGUCAAGAUGAGGGCAGUCGUGUAAUGCGCCGCACGGUCAUGCGUUAUGUCUGUUUGUGCCUCACCAUUGUUUUCACCAUGAUAUCGCCUUGUGUUAAGAAACGUUUUCCAAAAAUGAAACAUCUCGUCGAUGCAGGACUAUUGCUGGAAAAUGAAAAGAAAAUUAUUGAGUCAAUGGACAGCUCGUUUCCUAAAUAUCCAAAACAUUGGAUGCCCAUAGUCUGGGCGGCAAGUAUCAUAACAAGGGCCCGUAAAGAGGGGCGAAUUCGUGACGAUUUUGCAGUCAAAACCAUAAUUGAUGAGCUGAAUAGUUUCCGUGGUCGCUGUGGCACCUUGAUGUACUAUGAUUUCAUAAGCAUUCCUUUGGUUUAUACACAAGUAGUAACAAUUGCAGUUUACUCAUUCUUUGUGUGCAGUUUACUGGCUCAUCAAUGGACAGAUAGUAAAAAGGAUACCUAUGAAGCAUUGGAUUUCUAUUCUCCUGUAUUCAUUACGUUACAGUUUUUCUUCUAUAUGGGUUGGCUAAAGGUUGCGGAAACCUUAAUUAAUCCUUUUGGGGAAGAUGAUGAUGAUUUUGAGGUAAAUUGGAUGAUUGAUCGUAAUUUACAAGUCUCAUAUCUCAUAGUCGAUGAAAUGCAUCACGAGCAUCCUGAAUUAGUAAAAGAUCAAUACUGGGAUGAGGUUUAUCCUAAUGAAUUGCCGUAUGAAAGUGAAGCACAACGAGAGCAACCACCAGAACCUUCUACCGCCAAAUAUGAUUUAGAAGAAGCGCCCAAGCGUGCUGUAUCUAAAAUACCAUCUCCUUCGAAUUCUGCUGUAAUGAAUGGCAAACCUCGAGUUUCAGUACAGGCUUUUCAGCGUUUCUUCGUCAAUUCAGAGGAGGAUGCAACAAGCAUAGGAACAGAUGUCGAAAACAGUUUGCAAUCUGUAUCAGAUAUUGAAAACGUAGAACAUAUUACUUCUUAUACACACUCUGACCAAGAUGAGUUUGAGUACCAAUUUCCAAAUGAAAAUGUAUGGACGAGAUCUGUAUUGGAGCCAGUAACAGAAAAGGGAGAAGAAAUAUCCGAAAGAAUGGAAGAAGAAGAAGAAAUGGUAAAUAUCGAGGAGGAAGAUUACAAAAUAGAAACACAAUCAUCUUGUGAAAGUGAAAGUGGUAAGAAGAACUCUGAUUCCGAUCCAUUUGAAAAACUUCGCAUUGAACGGCAACAACAACGUUUCCAACGGAUGAAUGAUUACUUGGACCGACAUUUUGGUCCCAACUUUCGAAGUGCUACGGAGAAUUUAGCAACGCCACAAACAAAAUCCACAUCCUAUGAGCCAGUUUUAUUGGAUAGUGGGGAAGAGAGAAUAUUAAAUGAUUCUGAGAAUGAUGAAAAUCUUUUAACACCUACAAUUUCCUCUGAUUAUACAAAUCUUGCCACUCCAUCACUGCAAUAUGAAAGGGACCAAGAGAAAUAUCUGAUUGGACUGGAUAGUGAUGAGAAACUACUAACACCUAAAGUAUCUAACACAUUCUUCAUACCUGACACCUCUGCAGUAGCAUUGGAAAUUGCAACAAAUGAUGAAAAUAUUUUGCAAGAGGAGAACACCGAUAAUACUUUAGAUGCAAAAAUGUCAGAAACCAAGGUCUUGAUGGAAUCAGUUGAAAACACGGCUUCUAAUAUUGAGGUCCAAACAAGUAUUUCUCUAACAUCUACAACAGCUAGAUUAAGGCAAGAUUCUAAUACAAAAGAUGACUUCAGCUCUUCAAGAAUUGUUACACAAACAUCUAUUUUAUCAUCACAAUGCCAAGCUGGGAAAUUAUUAGCUACAGCAGAAAAUAUACUAGCCGAACGCUUGCAGGCACCAUAUUCCCAUGAAUCUGAGCUUUUCUGGAAAUCCAAAGCUACCUCUCCAUUGGGUUCUGGCAGAAGUGUGUCUACACAAUCAUCGUUAGUAGAUGAUUGGGAAAUGCUGUCUACAGGAAGCGCAUCUGCUACUGGAGAAUACCGAGUAGACAUAGAAGAAUCAGAUAAUGAACAGAAUACUAAAACUGAAUAA